CUUCUCUUCACUCGCGACUGAGCUGUCGGACGUAGCGGACUGAGGCCUUCGUAUUUCUUCUUUUGCUCCGGGUUCCGAUCUACAAGUGACUCAUAAAAAUCGUAACAACUUUUACGCGAUCGGCGAAAGUUUGUGGUACCAUUCGAAAUGGCUGUGAUCUGAGGCUGUUACUAAUUGUCAAAUUGUGUAACCAACGAUUGGUUCUUAGAAUUGGGUUCCAUCUGAGUGAUGUUUUGAGCUUUAUUCCAUGAAUUGUUUUUGUUCUAUGGAACUAAAAUGUUUACAAUCGGAAUAAGCUUGAUGCGAACACUUGCGUUCUCGGUACUGGUCGGGCUGUUUUGGGUUCAAGUUGCCGCAGUAAAUUUGGUCGCCUACAUCUCGCAGAAUGGCCUUCAUGGAGAGAUUUCAUUCCGGCAGUACUCGAACGCUCAAGUCCACAUCUCGUCGGAGCUCGAAACAACCCUUCAGUAUCCGGACCAGACUUGGAGCUGGGCCAUCUAUCAGUUCCCGGUCGAUUAUACGGUGGUAGAUCCACGGGAUCGAUGUGAUUUGAAGGCUUUGGGGGAGCAGCUGUGGUCGUUUGACGAUGACCUGGGAUUCUUGACGCUGCCGGGCAAUGAGAGCAGCACCUGGCUGAGCGAUAUUCCACUGACCGGGGAGAAAGGUCUGUGGGGCAAAUCGCUGGUUCUAUACGAUCCAAACAGUGACUUCCGAAUCUGUGCCACAGUAACAACCCGAGAUGGUUCCCAGGAUCAUAUCGCCGAAGCCAAGUUCAGCAGUCCGGUGGCGGGGUCGAUCUAUUUCCGGUGGCUGGCCGCCAAGGAAAGUCACCAUUCCGAUACUUUGAUCUACUCCAAUUUAGUGCAUCUGCGGGAACAAUCCAGGAAGCUGAACAGUCCAGAAUUCACCGAACAUGCCUGGAAGAUCUAUGUGACCGAUAUAUUCGAAAAUGACGCCGACAAUGCCGAAGCUAACUGUAACAAACUGCAGCUGGUAUUCGAUCCUCAGGUUCGAGGUUCUGGCAAAGCGAUCGGAGACAUCGAUGCUCGUAUCGGUAGUCUCAAAAUAACUACCAAUUCUAAAAAGCAAAGAUCCCCGCAGCUGUUCAACGACAAAGACCUGGUGCUGCUGCCCAGUGAUCUGUACGGGCCGUCCCGCAAACUGUACGUCGUGAUCUUCGAUCCGGUGCAUCCGGAUACAUUUUUAGCGUGCGCCAAAAUCCGGCACCUGAAGCCAAAGUCGGCCAGAGCCAUCGUGAACGGCGGAGGAAUACGCGGAGAGAUGCGUUUCUUGCAGCGGUCCCGUUUCGAGCCAACCUGGAUCAAUGCCUCGUUUUCUUCUAUCACCAACGAUCCUCAGGAUAACAUAGACUACGCCAAAGAUGUUGCUAGUUAUAAGAUCAACAGCCUUCCGCUGCGAGCUUUCUCAGCCAAUCUGGACAGUUACUGUUUAUCAUCCGGUUCAACUUUCAAUCCAACCAACAUCGAACAGAAGGAAAUCCCACCGCCUGGUUUCGGUACCCAAGAUCAGUAUCCGGUUGGGGAUUUGAGCGGAAAACUUACCAAUCGUAACAAAAAAGAAACACAUAACAUGUUUCUGCCGGGAACGAGUGCGGAACUGAGUGGAUUUUACUGGGACGCAUUCCUGCCGCUUCAGGGUAAAAAUAGUAUCAUCUUCCGGGGAUUCGGAGUUCAACGUUACAACCGAACUAACCCGAACCAGAUUACGGAAGCUCCCUGGGCUUGUGGUGCAGUUACUCUGUACGAAAUUAGUCGUCCCUAUCAGAUCCCAAUCGUUACGGCACAGGUUUUGUUCCGGUAUCCCAUAGUGGGUCGAAUCGUUUUCCGCCAGAUAAAAGACGAAUUCUGGAGCGAUACGGUCGUCGUCUUUGAGUACCUGAUCCAUGCCGAUGGGUCGACCGUGAACAACACUGCGGAACAUCGCUGGGCCAUUACGGACUCCCCACCGGGGAAAGACUUUUACGACUGGCAGAAUCGAUGUGUCAGCAGCGGUCAAGUUUACAACCCCCAGAAGGUGUCGUUGGGAAAUAUGAACUGGGAAGAGACGUGUACCUCCUAUUCGCCGGAACUCUGCCGCAUGGGAGAUCUUUCCAAUCGGCUGGGAACGUUGGACAUCGCCGGGGCAAAGGUUGACUCACAACGAAUUAGUCGGAAAAUGUUCGUGGAUCAAAACUUACCACUCAGUGGGUUGGCUAGCGUCGUGGGACGCUCGGUUGUCAUCUAUCACGAUCAUGGUCCAAAGGCGAGGGGAGAACGGUUGGCCUGUUCGAUUAUCGGUGGCUACCACCGGAGGAAGGUUGUGGCCCGGGAUUGGUAUUCCAACGGUGAUCCUCUGACAAUCAAGGGCAAGCUGGAAAUGAUUCAACAGUCCGAAUAUGACCAUACGAAUGUAGAGGUUGAUUUCAAGGGUCUUUCCGUUAACAGCGGCUACCAUGUACAUGUGGCUCCGGUAGAAGGUGACCUGGAAUUCCCGUGUGAAGAUUCUACGGUGUACGGGCAUUGGAACCCUCGUGGAGUCGAUCCCAAAAGGUCCCCGGCUCCGGCCAAGGGUAGCAGCGAUCAGUACGAGUUGGGUGAUUUGAGUGGCAAAUUUGGAACCUUGGAUGGGGUGACCAUGUUUGAACAGUCGUACAACGAUUCUCGAUUACCUUUGUACGGAUAUGAGAGCAUUAUCGGCCGCAGUAUUGUCGUUCACAAGAAAGAAAAGGGUCGCCGUUGGGCCUGCAGUACGCUCGAACGAGGUUAUAGCCCAAGCGAAGCCAGGGAGAUUCGAGCGAUCGCAUCGUUUCAUCAUCCGGGAGGAUGGGCUUAUGGGUAUAUUCGAAUGACUCAACUCAUAGGGAACGAUGGUAGCCAGAGUGACACUACGAUAGAAGUGAAGCUGAGAUAUCCUGGUAAACACGACCGUAAUAUGACUUCCAAUCACAACUGGAACAUUUGGGUUAAUCCUGUCGGUGUUGAUGCAGCUGUUAAGCAGGUUGAAACCCGAUGUGUAGCCGCAGGCUAUGUUUGGAAUCCGUACUACACGCAACUAGCAGACCCUUUGAAUCAAGAGCUUUAUCGGCAGGAAUGUGGUCCUGAUAACCCUUUGCGCUGUUACGUUGGUGACCUGUCGGCUCGAUUGGGACCCAUCAGCGUGGGAGAUCGCCGGAUGGUUUUCACCGACAGUAACUUCCCACUGGAGGGUCCCGUUAGUGCGUUGGGUCGAUCGAUCGUCAUCUUUGGGCCGGAGUUCUCGGGUAGUAGGUUUGCCUGUGCGAACAUCGAACCCGAUCAUGACAUUGUGAAGUACAUCAACCUGAAGAAACCACCGCGCUUUGUGGUAGCCCAGUUUUUGGAAGACAUCCGCAUGGUGAUGGGACUGCCCGAGUGGAUGUUGGCAAUCGAUUCACGUAGUAUCAAAACUCUCCACAAUGGGGCGUGCAUCCAGAUGGUGGUGCACUUCAAGGGACCGAGUGCUCAUCAAAUCGAGCAGGACUUUUCCCGGCUGCUGGCCGUUGGCCGGUUGGAUCAGCCCAGUAUCUACAUUCCGGGAUAUGUGAAUACCAAACGGAAGAAUACCUUGUCUUACCGAACCUGUGGGGUGAGAGAUCCGAAUGAAAAGGAAAAUAAGGGAUUCUUCAGCAGGAGCGGAGCUUCGGUAAAACGUAGUAUUUUAGCGCUGGCUGUGCUGUCAAUUUUUGUUCUGUGGUACCAUUGAACCGUGUAAGACACUGAAAAUAUACUCAUUAGUGUUGCAGAGUGGAAUAGAACCCUGUAUGUAUCGAUAGAAACCCUAAGAAGGUGACUACACUAGGUAUAAAAAAUUUCGAUAAUCAAAUACACCGUCUUAGAACUUUA